AUGCCCAUCGGCCUCCUGAUCCUGACCGCGAUCCCGACGACCAUCGGCGUAGCCCAAGGGAUAACGCAGGACCGACGACAACGCGACGCCGAAGCCGCGGCGAAAGCCGCAGGCCUACCCACCUACUUUUCGCUCUACACCUCGUCGGACGUGAAAGAAUUGGAUGGUAAAGAUAUCACGAUCCGCGAUGGAAGGGUUCCUAUUCCCCCCCCCUCCCCCUCUCCCUCCUUUAUUACACAUAUAUAAAAUUCUAACACCGUCGUGCUGAACGUCGACUUAGCUAUACAUCGGCGGGGAAAACCACCCCUUCGCCGGAUACCUGCGUGACAUGCUGGAAACCGAGAUCAAGGCCAUGGUGACGACGACGUGCAAUGACCCGCCGGCUAUGGGAUGGGUGUACGUGCACGCGGAGACGCACGAGGUGCGCGUGGGGAAUAGGGCUGAGGCGUCGGGGCAUAGGUUUGGGGUUUGGGGGUAUGAGAAUGGGCUCGUGAUGGAUGGGCGGUCGGCUUUCUGGGCUGUUGAGGGGGAUGGCGGGGGUGCGGGGGAGUGGGGGCUGUAUUAUCUUGAGGAUGGCGAUGAGGUGGCGGGCGAGGGGAAGGCGGUUGAGGUUGGUGUCAGGAAGACGAAUAUUUCGGAUUUGAUCCCGCCGAAGGGAUGA